UUGACAAUGAAGGGCAAGAGUGACUUACAGUUUUCCUCCAAGCUACCCGAGGAGGAGGAAAAUAUGUACGAGACUGUAAGUUCUUCAAUGCUGGAGGCCAUGGAUUCUUUGAGAAUCCUUCCUGCCAAACCUCUACAAGAAUCUGAAUAUGCAGACAAACGUUGCUUAAGGCCUUCAGGUACCACUUCCCCAACGAGCGAGAACCCAUCUCGGCCCCUUCAACACUCAGCUAUUUGCACACUUGAUCCGGAGGGGAGAACAGUGCCAAAUGUAAAAGGAGGAAGACUGAAAACACAUGGAUAUCAGGAGCCUACACCUCCCCCACGGCCUCUGAAGAUGCUGCCAAGGCAGUAUCAGCCCCUUCCUCCAGAGCCAAGCAUAAGCAGCCAGGUCUUUCACAAGAGGAGCACACUCAGCCAAGAUCCCACCUUUCCAACAUCAGCAAAAGUUACAAGACACUCAUCUGUUAAGGAAUCAAAUAAAGCACCUGGAAGAGAGCAAGUUACAAGUUUGGGGAAGAAACCUGAAGUAUCUUUUCAAGCACAACAGCAUUCUCCUGAAGCCAGCCCUCAAUGUACACGGAGCUCUAAAAACAUCUGCAAAUCAGGUUCCACCAUAAGUGUAGAUAAUUUGAAAGUGAGGAAGCCACUACCUCCUACAUCGUAUGCAGCAUGCAAAAAUAAACCAAAACAUCUGCUCAUAAAACAGGAAAUGCAAUCCCUUACCCAACCCACUGAAAAGGAUUUAAACAAAUGUGAAUGGUAUGUUGGAGAAUAUGAUCGCCAUAAAGCAGAGAAGAUACUGUUACAGAAAAACAUUGAUGAGACAUUCUUGGUUAGAGAUUGUUCAAAGAAAUCAAAGGCUGAACCAUACGUUUUGGUUGUUUAUUAUGGAAGAAGAGUGUACAACAUUAAAGUACGUUUUCUGGAAGAAAGCCAACAGUACGCGUUGGGAACAGGGCUCAGAGGAGAGAGUAAAUUUAAUUCCGUGGAAGAGAUCAUAGACUUCUACAAAUCCGUUCCCAUAACACUCAUUGACGGAAAGGAUCAGUCAGGAAACCACAGAGAACAAUGCUACCUCAAACAUCCAUUCAAGUCACGCUGACGUCUCCUGCCUUAUUGUCACUGAUUCAUCUGCACAGAUAUAAAUAGAACACUUAUUUAGAUGUCUCAAGAAUCAGAUUUGCCUUUUGAGCACAGAGCUCCACAUAAUAUAAUGAAGCAUUCCACAGAUCUUUUCAGCAUUUUCACUUUGAGGAUACAAGAAUAUGUCAACAUAUUAAAUCACAGGAAGGUGUUGAGACCAACUUCUGAUACGCUGACAACUGACCAAUUUGCUUAUCUUGCACUCUACCUUCUAACUUAAGAUGAAAAUGAAACUUGUCCUUGCCUACCUAAAUGUCACUGAAACUUCGCUGAGUAGCAAAACCUAAUAAAAUAUACCACAGUCAUUAAAUAAAUAUUAUUUCUUUUAAAAAUACACAUGAAACAGUGUG